AUGACUAAAUUGUCUUGUGUUAUUCUGUUGUCAUUUCUGCCGUUCGUUUUAAGUGGUGGAGCAUAUCGUCCAAGUCCUUAUCGGCCUUUUCCACCUCCUCUGCCUUCUCAUCAACCAAAUCAUCAACCACAGUAUCCUGGCCAAUAUUCCCCUCCUCCUUCACCCCCUAAGUACGAUUAUAACCAGCAACCAGAAGAGUAUAAUGGUGGAUAUACUGAAGGCUACGACAACUCAUAUAACGACUACAAUUAUAAUUAUAACAAUAAUGAAUAUAAUAAUAAUAAUAAAUACGAGUCUGACAAUUAUAAACCAGAAUCUUAUCAGUAUGAUUAUAACAACGACUAUAACAAUGGUGAAAAGUACACUAAUGAAUAUAACAAUAAUGAUUACAAGCCAACAAAUGACUACUCUCAAGGGAAUACAUACAAUGGAGAAUAUGUCCCAGAAAAGAAAUAUGAAAACUCUCAUCAACCUGAGUAUAUACCAUAUGUUGAAGGCGGCAAAAGUGGAAUUCCAUCAGUCGGCAGCGGGAUAAUAUCUGGAUCAAAAUCUAGUCAUGGUCGGUUAGAUGUGAAAGGCAGAUUCACUGGUGUUGGUCAUCAAGACUACGGUCUGAAUUAUCAGUCAAUCACAAAAUUCCGUAAAGGUGGAGGCUAUGAUAUUUAUGGUAGAAAACGACAAUAUCUAGAUUAUGAUACUAUGGGUCAUGUGAAACAGUAUGGUAAUAAGCAUAUGAAGGCUAAAUUUGAAGUUGUCGGCAAUUUGAAGGGUAAUUCUAAAUUCAGCGACAAAUCCAGCUUCAGUCCGUCUGGAGAGGAAACUUACUGA